UUCUCCCCCCGUUUAACCGUCUCAGUUGUCGGUGAGGCCGGCCGGGCGGAUCCCAUAUCAGAGUGAAACAGAAAAAUAAAAAGCAACACAACUACAGUAACAACUUGGCCUUUACCUAAAUUAAGAUAACAAGCUCCCCCGUGGAUAUAUAACCAGAAGAUGCCCUCAGCAAUGAAUGCAAACAGGACAGUGCAAUCAGCCAGCCCAGAGAUGGGAUCCGCUCCAGGGUCAAUGGGCGGCUGUGGGCAGUCUGAGGUAUUGAAGCAAGUGUUGUGCGUCAUCGACAAGAAGGUCCGCAACAUGGAGAAGAAGAAGAGCAAAUUGGACGACUAUAAAGUCAGGAAGAACAAGGGGGAGGGUCUCAACCAGGACCAGCUGGAGGCUCUCUCCAAAUACCAAGAAGUCACGAAUAAUUUGGAAUUUGCCCGAGAGCUGCACAAGACGUUUAUUACACUGGGACAAGAUCUCCAGAAGGUAGUGAAGAAGACGGCUCGGCGGGAGCAGCUGCAGCGAGAGGAGGCGGAGCAGAGGAGGCUGAAGACCGUCCUUGAGUUGCAGUUUGUCCUGGAUCGGUUGGGUGACGAGGCCGUAAGGCAGGAGCUGAAGCAGGGGUUGGGCGGCUCACCGCUUCUGACGGACGAAGACCUUGCUACUUUUGAUGAGUUCUAUAAGUUGGUGGGACCAGAUCGCGAUCAGAACGUGAGGUUGGCUGAUCAAUAUGAGGAAGCAUCUGUGCACCUUUGGGACCUGCUUGAAGGGAAGGACAAUGCUGUAGUUGGAACAACAUACAAGGCACUGAAAGAGACAUUGGACCAGGUUCUGCUGAGUGGGUACUUUGACCGGAUUCCAUCUCACCAAAAUGGAGUGUGCGAGGAAGAAGAGGAGGAAGAGCCAGCAGCUGUAGCAGCAGCAGCAGCACCAGUCACUGAAUCAUCAGAGGCAGAAGAGCAGACGGUUGACCCAGAAACUGAAGUCAUUGAGGAAUUUACAGAGGCCAUCACAGUGGAAACCACAGAAUUCAUAAACAGACAGUUCAUUCCAGACAGUUCCUACAGCGGCAGUGAAAAAGAGCAAGGGGAUGAGUGGACCAGGGAACCCGAGGCUGUUAGUGCCUUGCAACAGCAGCAACAACAACCCGUACAGCCUACAGCUCCCCCUGUUGCUCUGGAGACCCAUCCCAUGAACCUCACGUCUCCUGUUCCCCCAACCGACCCGCUGGUCCGUAAGCAAGUGGUGCAGGACUUGAUGGCACAGAUGCAGGGGACAUACAACUUCAUGCAGGACUCCAUGUUGGAGUUUGAUGGACAGCCCAUUGAUCCCGCCAUUGUGUCAGCACAGCCGAUGAAACCUCCUCAGACCAUGGACGUACCCCAGAUGAUUUGUUCUCCUGUUCACCCCGAAUCCCGACCUACGCAACCCACCUCUGUUCCUGUACAGCCUGAGCCCUCACAGGUCCCCAUCGUCUCACCAACACCCCCUCCAUUGUAUCAGACCUCUCAUACACCAGAUCCUCGACCCUCAACAGAACCCAUCGACCCCAUCCAGACCUCCAUGUCAUUGUCGUCAGAACAGCCUCCCCCCUCCACAGCUCUCCCUCCUGCCUCUCAGACGCAGGUCUUUCAGCCUGUUUCCAAACCUCCUCACAGCAGUGGCAUCAAUGUCAAUGCAGCUCCAUUCCAGUCAAUGCAAACAGUAAGGCUGUGAUGAUACUUCCUGUUU